AUGAAUAAGACCAUUCAGAAUGCAAACGACAAGUCGGAUGUGAGUUUCGUCUCCAUUGUUUCCAACUGCCUAUCGAAAUUCGCCUGUAUUUACGCAGACAAAUUCAAUGUCAGCAAUUUGCUGGCAUCGGUCCGAUUUCGGCUGCUGGAUUUCGAAUCACGCUGCAUUCAAGAUUCAAACCUUGACGAGGUAUAUGUCGCCCUCAGCUACGUCUCGCCUGCAGCCCACAUGGGUUUCUUCCGCCUUAGCACAAAGCACAUCGAUACCAUGUAUACCACGGGGCUUGUCGACAAUGUUCUGUCUGAAUUGCCUCAGUCGAUCUCUGAUGGUAUUGACUUUGUCAAAGCCCUGGGAGAGAAAUAUCUAUGGGUUGACGCGUUGUGCGUAAUUCACGACGACCAGCAUGAGAUGUCACAAUGUGGAAGGCUCAUGACCUCUAUUUACCGCGGAUCAUACCUCACUCUUGUCGCAGCAUCCGAACCCGACGCAAGCUCUGGCCUUAGUCGCCGGGCUUAUGUUUCAACCCACUGCCAAGGGCCAGGCCAAACACAAGAGUUGAACAGCUAUCUGCCCCAAUCCGCCUACAAGAAAAGAGGCUGGUCUUUGGGGGAGAUUGUUCUGUCCCGAAGGAUUGCCGUGUUCGUAGCCGAUCGGCUAUUCUUUUCCUGUCAAAAGUCACAGCGAAGCAUCGACACACCUCUGGAGCUGCCAGUGUUCUGCCUCAAAUCACAGGAUAAUUGA